AGCAAUGGAGCUGGAGAGUCAUCUGCGAGUAUGAACGAGGCGAGAGAAGAGGCGAUGGGAACAAGUACAGAUACUAAAGCACCUGAUGUUUCACUCAGCUAUGCAGCGGAUACUGCGAAAGAAGGGUUAAAACGAGCCACAGAUUUAGCCAAGGAAGAGAGCGGAGACGCUGCCACGGAGGAGGCAGGAACGGUUGCAGGCGGCGAGGAGGAGAGUGAAGAGAAUAUGACAGUGGGUGAGAUAGGAACUGUUAAGAGGGCAAAAUCAAUCUUGAAGCUGAAAAAUGUGUCUGUACUCUGUAUGUUAGGACUUAAAAAGCCAAAUCAAUAAUGUGCUUUUAAAGUA